AUGGCACCAUCCAUUGCGCGGCAAGCCUGGCUAUUUUGCUGUAACACUGUAUGUUCAGAGCGAGUGCUCUCACCAAUCCUUGUUUUGUUGGUGCAUGGACUACUGGUGGCAGAUGUCACUUACCACAGGCAAGAGUUGUGGCAAGAAAUCAGUCUUUGGUACUGCAGUGUGCGCCUACUAGUGGUGGCCACCAUCGCUUUAUAUAUCGGAACGUCAUGCACAAAUCCAGGAUUUGUGGAGAGCUCGGAGAGUCAAUCUGGAACGAGUUCUUGCACCUGCUGCUUUCUGUUGUGCUGCGGCUUGUGUAUGCGCAAAGGUGGCUCCAUGGGAAAGGUCUCACACCUUUCCACGGACUCCACUGGCGGGGAACCUUCCACAAACUUGGCUCCAGAUGAGCCACUGGAUUCACUGGAUCCUGAAAGCGGUGUCCAGAUGACUGUGAUUGAUGAAGGCAUCCAGAAACGCCGUGGGACUAUGGAGAUCGACGCCGACGAGGAAGGCGUAGAGCUUCGAUGGUGCAAGCGCUGUCAACUACAGCAGCCCUUACGCUCGAAGCACUGCCACGACUGCGGCAGAUGUGUUCGCACUCAUGAUCAUCACUGCCCUUGGGUUGGCAGUUGCGUAGGCGAGAACAAUCGCGUUCUAUUUUUCUGGUAUUUGAUUCUUCAAUCGAUUGAGCUGGGCGUCUUCUUCAAGGAGGGCAUCCUUGGCAUUUCCCUCUUGAAGCCCAGCGUGGUGCUCAUGGUGGGCCUGCUCUUCAUUGCAAUUUUUUUUCUGAUGGUGAGCUGCUUGCUCUCGUUCCACGGCUUUCUGAUUUUGGCGAACCUUACCACCUGGGAGCACAUCUCCUGGCGGCACAUUACCUAUUUGAAGUCCCUGCGAGCCGAACGUGGAUCGCCUUUUGCACGUUCAUUGUGGUGGAAUGUUGCGGUCUAUUGCUGCGGGGCCUUGUGGUGCCCAAGCAUCCUUCGUCGUUUUCCGAAUGUACGCUAUGACAAUGGUGGUGUGCUGUGGGACUUGUCUGAGCAGCGUGGGAUGUGCUGUCUCAUUGCGUGCUGUGCGGAGACAUGCUGA